AUUUGUAACACACGAAUCUAGCCACUUGAAGUUCUUAAUAACCUAUAUAACUACAGUCACUUGAACGCGUCAUCUAGGAUAUAAAAGGGCGGUAUCACAGUUGGCUCGAAACCGACUUUAAAUCUACUUCUUAUUCUUCGAUCUUAACCGACGAAAUGGAGGAUGAUGAUAUGUCCUUCGCAGAUACUCCUGCGGAGGAUGUAAAUGACCAGUCUUCACUCGAAACUCAGAUGCAAUCGCUCCAGAAUUAUCUUAAAUCGGUGCCUUACGAAUGCGAACCGCCUGAAUACAUGCAAGAUCGUCUGGGGGAGAUUGUCGGAAAGAUCGUUGUAUGUGCCAAAGCUCAGAAUUGGCAUGUAAUGACUGUUUGGGAUAAAAUGCUACAGUGUUGGAUGAUCAUGAGGUAUCCUAUGCAGAAGUCCACCCGUGCCAAACUAGUCCGACUGUAUUACGAACUUUGCAUCCUUCCUGGAAUUGAAGCACGCGUAGUUCGUAGCUGGGCCGAUAUGCUUUCGCGUUUGCUCGCAUCCAAAGCAGGAAAGCGUAAACUUGAAGCCACGGAUCUUCAAUUACCCUGGAAACCUCUUUGGGUCGCAUUACAGAAAGAGUUGUGGGCCAUGAAGCGUAUACAGGACACAUCCCGAAAUAUUUUAAACAUCCUACUUUUCGUCGCUGAGCAGUGCAAACGUUACUAUCCAGGUAGUGAAGUUCAGGAGAUGUUGUCCACAUUUUUACCUCUCUUGACUCAGGAGACAAUCCUUACCAUGGUCCCCGUUAUCACGUCUUUCCUUCCUUUGACGCAUUCUAAUCAAUACCUGCCUUUAAUCUUCAAGUUGUGGGAAGCGUUUAACUCUGGGAUCUUGGACGAGAGGUUUCUCGAAUUUGCCGGAGAGCUUUCGGAGGAGUACGUUGCCGGUCCCGCUGAUAAUGAUGAUGCAGAGGGGGGAGCUGCUUGGAAGGAUAUUGGAAUCUGGACGGAAUCUCAGUGGGACGUGCUAGUUAGCAAAGGUUUGGGUUCAAUGAACGUUCCGGUUGGAAUUACAAGAGGAUCAUCGACGACCGCAAGUCAUGCAGACGCUAUGGCAAAUUCUCAAUCUCUCAGAAUCAAGAAGACAAUCAGUAGGCAAUCUGCUUUUGCCAAAAUAUUGGUUUACUCUAUUUCUACGGAUGGUCCUGCGAAAGAGCCCAAUCUAGAUGAAACUCAAAGCCGUGAGGCAAAUCCCGCUCAAACUCCUGGUUAUCUCGCCGGUUCAAAGGCUCUAGAUACUCUGGAUCGACUGAUAACCAGUACAGAAUCUUUCUUCCAUCCGUCCAACUCUGGACAAUGGUCAAUAACGCUUACAACAUUUCUGCAACGACUUGCAGCCGAAUUUGCCAGCCGAGCUCAAGAAGAGCAACGCGAAACUUGCAAAACUCCAGUGACUCGUCGGUUGACCUCAAGCAUGCGAAAGAGGUUUGUCAAAACCUUGCGUACUCCAGCACUUCUGGCGAUGUUCUCCAAAGAUCCUAUGAGUAUGGGUCUUGCUCAAAGCGCGCUGCGCAUCUUGGCAAUGUUGGAACCUUCGCUCAUCAUGCCGGACCUCCUGGAGCGAUCCUACAGUGGUCUUGAAGUAGUGAACGAAACUCAUCGAACCACGGCUGCCUUGAGUAUGCUGGCUGGCAUCGCACGACCUUUGACUACCGAAAGUAUCUGGCUUUCUGGCCAGAAGCAUGUUGUCCCUCUUCUGGAACUUUGCAUUCCUGGUAUCGACGUUAACGACCCGGCGAAAACUGUUUUCGCUACAAUGUUCAUCGUAGCCGCAGUCCAGCAUAUCAAACUCGGAGAUCUUUCUAUUCACCAGUCUGGCAUUCCUUUGACAGAUGAUGCCGGUCCGAUGGAAAUUGAUGAUGAUGACACUCAACUACCUGCUGGUGUUGAAACUGGUAUGCCCGCCCUCAGUAGAUCCGAAGAGAGGGCUUUGACCCGAGAUAGCACCGCUGGUUUUGCUGACUGGGUUGUGGCUCUUUUUCGCCGGGUGCUUGCACUAUAUGAGAACCUUCCUGAGGAAGGAGGUCGUAAGAAUACCACAGGCGGGAAGAGCGAAGAAGGAGUCUUGAAAUCCAUUAAGAACAUGAUGGACGUCGUUUGUCUGCACCUUUCUGAUCAGCUAUUUGACUUGGUACUGAAUCUGGUAUUUGAUUAUGCCACUACCAAUGCCAAAUCCAACGCGGUUCGCGCGUUCGGGCAGCUCGUAGCAUGUCUAGCGAGGGUCAAACCAGAGAAGACCCUGUCAAAGUUCAUGCCAUAUUGUUCGAUGCAGAUCGAGGAGGAGUUGAAACAUGAAGCUUCCAGUACACGGACAACUUCUACACAUUCAGUUAUUCCAUCUGAUACUACACUUCAUUGGAACAUGGCCAUUCUCAGAGGAUGUCUAGGGUAUGGAGGACCGGAGCUUCUCAAACACAAAUCCAAUAUUAUCUCGUUGAUUCAACUCCUCGUGGACAAGACAAAGAACGAGAGGGGAUACACCGGUACUGGGCACCUCAUUACAAGGGUACUUCACACUCUGGCAGGAGUUUAUCCUCAUGAUAGUCGUUUUGUUAAUGCUAGUGAAUGGAAUGACGCAGAAUUCGAUCGAGAUCACAAUCUGCAAUGGGGAAAAUUCUACAAACCUCAGGAUGUUGAGAUCGAAUGGCACGUCCCCUCCGGACCUGAGAUCGAUUUCGUUCUGCAAAUCCUAGAUGAAGUUGCUACACCAACAUUGGCAAGGAUUGAGCAAUUGCUGGUGAGGGUACCAUCGUGGGACAAUGCUGACCGGAAUGAUUUCUGCCGGUUUGUCCAGGUUGUGAAAUCGAUUUGGGCAGGGCUACCGACGUUCCUGCAAGAAAAGAACAAGAUCGUACAGGAUCAUCAUCUAUACGAUGACACCGAAACACUCGACCUUCUUAUUACACACUUCGAUGUUGAAGCAGGGUUUACGCUCUCUGACCCGAAUGAUCCAAGAUACCAAAAGGUUUUAUCGUGUAGAACACAGUUUGGAAAAGUUAUUCUAUCCGCAGCUCGGGCUCUUCGUCAGAGACGAGAAGGUGAAGAUCACAUAGAUGCAGUAAUUGGUGUCUCUAAAGCGAUCGACGUGUAUCUACUCGAUUACGGUCUCAGCAAGAGUCAUUUUGAUUCUCUUCAGAAAAGUUACUCCACCGCCAGAGACGUGAACCGACUGUGGCCAAAACAAGUUGAAAACUCAAGGCUGGUUUAUGUCAAGCGUGCACAGGUGUACCACAGCGGUCGAGUCUACAUGCACUCGCUUUACCGAAGUCGAUCUGCCCUCGAUGAUGAGCUAAUCGGUGAACUGGUUGAAUCAUCUCUUUCGCCUUAUACGCGGGUUCGCCGCCAUGCUCAAGGGGUAUUGCUCAAUGUCUAUGGGAUCUAUGUUCGAUCUACACGUUCCACCCUCACAGUACUUCUGAAAGCUCUCACCAAAGGGAAUGACCCAGAUAGGAUGAAGGGGGCCCUCUAUGUUUUAGGGGAUAAGGGGAUUAUGAGCUAUGCUUUAGCAGAUGAAGGUUUCCACACACAAUACCUCGUUUCACUUCUUGAAUGUCAACACGAAGAGAAGCCAUCGAUACAGAAAUUGGUCCACAGUUUCGCCUAUGAGUGUUUGAUGCAUCUUCAUGAAGAAGUGCUGCACACAGAUGCCUACGCUUUGCAGACCCCGACAAUAGAUCAAGCACUGUCACAUCUGUCUCAAGAGUUUCCAUCAACUUUCAUUCCUGAAAAACAACUUGCGGACGCCCUAUCGAAAGCCCCAAAUCGGGUAUCCAAGAGAAAUUCAAUAUAUGAGAAGACUAUAUCUUCCAUUCUCGAGAUUGGACUGCGCCCAAAUACACAUUGGAGGUAUGAGCAAAUCACGGCAAGAAUGCUUUAUAGCUUGAUUCGACGUGAUAUUCCUCUCCCGCCUUCGGUUGUGGAGUUCUUCUUGAAACAUUCGAUUUCUCCUCAGCCUAGUAUUCGGAGAAACUCCCAAAGAGCGAUUACGAAGUUACUUGCUCAUAUGAAGUACCGUGCCUACUCGAAGUCGGGUCACGAACUCUGGACAGAGGAAUGGACCAACCCUCUUCAGGUGAUGGUCACCAUCUCCGAUCCUGCCAUGUUCCUUGAAUCCUUUCAAAGACCUUCUACUCCAGAGACCAUUUAUGUGGACAAAAUCCGAACCGGAUUCGUAAAUUGGUCUACGCAGAUAACUGGUUACAGACAAACUGACAGCGAAAUUUCUGUGAUGCCCUGGGACGUGGAUGCCAUACCUUCUUUGCAGGUCAUCAAAACUACGAUCACUACUUCCGAUUAUUACAGCAAACUUCUACUGCUUUGGGGGCAGGAAUCAGCGAAAACCAACUCCACAGUUGAACUGCGCUCUGAAAAUGUGCUGUAUAUCAAGAGUCUAGCUAAAACUUUCGAAACUGAGGGUUUGGCGAAAUUAUUGGAAGUUAUCGAUCCCUUGUUAUUUGACUCGGACAAGUUUAAGCAGCGCGCAGGUGGCGAAGUGCUAACAGGACUUUUCCGAGGAUCCAAGCACUGGUCAAAAAACAGUGCAACCCAAUUAUGGCAAUGGACUAUGCGUCGACUAGACCGUAUAUUCGCUCAAAUCAAACCAGAUACUCUCAACUUUUGGGAAAGCAUUUUUACUUAUAUCUUAGAGGAACGGGACCCUCGACGGAAUGCUCCUCUUGUCGACUGGAUACUUGGCCUUUCACUGGAAUUCAACGGAGAUUCUGCGUUCGACAUGUCUAAAUCACUCACUCUCUUUACCAUUCUGGUCGACAACAUGGGUAUCCUGUUCAAUCCAAUGGUUGACAAAUACGUGAACCUGCUCUUGGAUAACGUGAACACGUCUUAUGCUGAAAUUCGGGGACAACUUGCACAUCUUCUAUAUACUCUCAUCAAAAUACAAUGGCAACCCUACUAUUCCUCAAUCGCCCUCCUCCUCGAAGCAUGCCAGACAUCCAAUGAUCCUCUACGAAUUCGUGAGGCUCGCUAUCAAGAGAAGAUUUCGGAAGUGGUUGCUCAGCUACCUAAAUGGAGGGAAGAGCGUCUUCCUCCUCCUAGGGUCAGCUUGUCUGAAUAUGACAAAGUUGGUUUGACACUGCUGCAGUGGAUCUGGGUUUCUGCUUAUGGCUCCCAGGCAUGUCUGAUGUUUAAUUACGCCGUUCCCAUGAUGCCAGAAAUUCUUCGGAUGUGUGACAUUUCUGACAACAACGACCUACAAGUUUAUUCCACAGCUAUCUUAUAUGUCGUGUCUGCUGUUUCGCCCAGAAAAGAGCACAUAGAUAUUAUCUUGGGACACUUUGUGAACGCCAUCAAAUCAUCUACAUCCUGGCGAAUCCGCCAUCAUGCUCUCCCUGCUCUGAUAGUUUUUUUCUAUCGCAACCUUCUAUACAUACCAUCGGAAGGUGUUUCCAAGGUCAUGGACGUUCUGCUCGAUUGCCUUGCUGACGAAAACGUUGAGGUGCGAGAGAUGGCGUCUAAGGUCUUAUCGGGAGUAGUCAGGGUAUCUCAGCGCCAAAGCAUCUUACCGCUGAAGAAGCGCUUCGUUUCACUAAUGAGGAAAACUAAACUACCUGCGAAAUCAGACCCUACAUAUGCAGGUUCACUACGGACCCUACACUCCGCAAUUCUAGGGCUCUGUGCCCUCAUUGAAAGCUUCCCGUACUCCGUUGAACCGUGGAUGCCUCCUCUGACUGAGUUACUAGCACCUCACGCUACUGACCCGCCUCCAAUCUCUACUACGAUCAGAAAGUGUGCUUCCGAGUUCAAGAAGACCCAUCAGGAUACGUGGCACAAAGAUCAAAUAGCUUUUGACGAGGAUCAAUUGCAGAGCUUGUCGACCAUGCUUGUCGGUACUUCGUAUUACGCUUAAACAUGUUAUAUAUUAGUAGAGAUAAUUGUUUACGGACUUUGAAUGAAAUCCUCGGAAAUAAAGAUAAUUCUCGAAGCUCUUGAUCUACUG